ACUUUUGCACGGUGUCAAGUUUAAAUAUGUGAUCAAGCUGUCGGCAGGUCGGCUCGGAUCAACAGUUCGGUACAAAACUUCUACGAACAAGGAGCUGCAGUUCAUUUGGCAGCGGGUAGCCAAUCCUGAAGCCCGUUUCAACCAGCAGAUAGAGGAAAUGUCCAGCGGGAGUCAUGUUGCGUUGACAGGGCGGGACUCGUUCGCCACAGCCACAGAGUUGUUGCAAAACUUCCGAUCUGCACCCUGGGAUCCAGAAAGACGUUAACAAGAGGGAGGACAUCUGUUGGAGAAGUGAGAGCGGACCGACCGUGACCAUGGCAGAUGACGCAGCGGUUGUGGAGGAAGGCAUGAAUCCAACUCAGAGCCCUCUGGUCCAAGUUUCAUUCCAGAGAAACGUCCACAGGAAACAGAAGUACCUGGAGGCUGAGCCAAAAGCUCUUGGGAUCACUCAGAUUGGUCUGAGUGCCUAUCAGAUCCUGUGUGUGGCUGUGUUUCUGUCCAAAGACCUGAGCAAUGUGGGCACUGAUAUACCUUACUUCAUUUCGACUCUCCUGGUGGUAAUAGCUGGGAGUUUGGCUGUCGCAGCACAGAACCUCCAUCUGCCAACGCUGAGGGCCUGUUUGGGGAUGCAGAUUGUGGCCUGUGUCGCCUGCUUUGUCAACGUUAUCUUAUCUCUAAUUAAAAUGGAGGACGUGCCGAAUUUCUGCUAUUACUACCACUACAAUGACAACUUCACGUUACAUUAUGGUGAAAUCUGUCAUAAUAUUGAGAGCACCCAGUCUCACUUUUAUGCCGAGUGUGUGGUCAUUCAUGUUACUCUGUUGGCCAUCUCUGCCACUCUGGCUGCCUACUGCUGCAAGGUGGCCAACUGCUGCGGGCCAGCUCCCAAAAUGCCGGUGAUCACUGUCCAAGCCGCCCCUGUCCAACAGUGAGGAGAUGAAGUGGGUGAAGGCGGAAUAGAGAUGUACUGCUACAUAAAAAUGCUACACGAAGUUAAAGCCGCACUAAUCAUUAUUUUUUUAUAUUUGAUUUCAACUCUGCAGUUCUCUCCGCUAUAUAUGUAUUUAGUUUCUUUUAGCUUGUUGUUUUGGUUUUCUCCAGCCCGGAAACUGCAGUCUUAUCAAUCUCUUUAUUAGCCAUUGUUGGCUCAGAUAAAACAGCAGACGGAGUUAGAGACUAGCUGGUGAACAUAGUGGAGCAUUUAACCAAGCCAGAGUUGAUUUCGACCAAAACAUAGCUGAAGCGGGGUUAUGAUUGAACUUGGGCUCAUCACUAACACAAACAUGACUGAAUGCUGAUGUUUGUCUCUACAGAAGAUGAUUAGAGCCACAUGCGAACAUUUAUUUGAAUUCUGAAUUUAAGAUCAGAACUCAGGUGGGGUUUUUUUUUUUUCUCUCAAAAUUUGGACUUCAAUUUGAGAUUUCGAAUCAUUUCUCACACGUGGCUCUAAUCGUCUGCCAUAGGUCUCUGUCUGCUUGUGUGUGUAUAUGCUAAUGCUUGCUAACACAGUUCUCUAAAAGCUGAAUAAUGUGACAGAAUGCCAGUUUUGUAUUAACAGCUUGGUCGACUGUACCCAAGUAAUAAUAAAUAAUUAAAUGCAGUAUAAAUAAAGUACUUAAGGAUGAGUUACAAUGUCCUCAUUUUAAGCAUAUUAUGAUAUAUUUUGAUGAGUUGAUAAAGAGUGUGUUUUAACGCUGUUGACUUUACUUUUUCUUUUGUAAGAGGAAAACCUUAUUUCUUUGUUCAAAGGUGCACAGUCAUGCUUUAACAUGUGCUUAGGAACAUCACAAAUGCAAUGACUGUAUUAACAAGAUAAAUAGACUGAAUUGUACCUCUUAUGACAUCAGCAUAAUCACUAAAUGAUGCACAUUAAUCCUUUUCUGAAAUUAUUUCUGUUCAGGUCAUUGGUUACUUUAUGAUUAUUAUGACCUGACACUGCAGCUAACACCAACUGAUAAUAAAAAUAUGACAAAUGUAA